ACUCAGGGCGGCAUGUUGGGUGUUGUUGGAGGUUUCCUGACCUCUUGGUGCCGACAGAAGCAGGGAGAUGAGAAAGGUGAACGGUUGAACGGAGUGUAAAGGAGCUCCUGAGCAGUCAUGAGUAUCAGACAUGUUAGAAGGAGACCAUUCACCUGUGGACAGGACGGAGGAACACGGCAACCCGACUAAAGGUAGUGCGUCUUUAAAAUCAGCGCAGGAUAUCCUUCCAGCACGUGACCCUAUUAGCAGAGGAAAUACCAUCCCCGCUGACCUCAUCAGCACCCAGCCUCUACCUGCUGCAGUCCCACCAGCAGAGGCCUCGCAGGAGGCAGCCAGGUUUAAGAAGCCUCAAUGUGACCUCCAAAAGCCCACCUGCCCACGAUGUGGCCUCACAGUCCCAGACCACAGUCUCCCCGCUCCUCCCCCAGGCCUGAGCCGACUGCAGGGCUCCAGCUUGUCGGUGCACAGCAGCAGCAGCAGGAAGGGCAAGAAGAGUGCGAGGAGUGUGGCUGGCUCACACCAACCUACUGCUACAGCAAGUGACUCUUGUUUACACCUGCUGCUGGCGUGCCUGUGGUGCCAGUGCUCCGUGCUGCUCCUGGGUCUGCUGGAGGCGUGCUCCUCCUGCCUCCACACCCUGUGCUCCUGUUGCUGCCACGCCUGCGCCCGCUGCUGCUCGGCCAUAGAGGAGGCGCCCGUGGAGGAGCUCAACUGCCAUGCCCACUGCCACUCGGUGCUGUUUGAGUCUUGCUGCGAGCCGACCGAGUGUCUUGAGUUUUGUCUGGAGUGCUGCGAGAUCUGCCAUCGCAGCUAGGACGCGGCUGGGCCAUCAGGCCUGAGGACUAAUAUACUAAAAGACGUGAUGAGACUGAAACAACAGACAUUCUAACCAACGUUGGAUUCGCUAGUUCUGCAAUGACAUUUCUUUGUCAUCACCCAUCUAUGUACUAAUUAUUCUUACAACACAUGCUGCUAAAACCAAACUCUGAAUGGUCACUUUUCAAAGAGGGAAGAUCUGACUCCAGUGCGUCACACUUCUCUUCAUCAGUAAAGGCAAUUUUAAGUGCCUUUAUAAACUAAAGCACUUUGAAAUAAGUAAAACAUUUUGGGAAAUUCUCAUAUUUGUUUCUCUGUCCAAAUCAUAAGUACUGAGCUUUGGCCAGGAUGUGAUUCAACGUUAGCUAAACUUAGCAUAAAGCCUGGGAGAUGGGAGGAAUGACUAGCCUGGCUCAACUAAUCCAACCCUCAACAUCUCUUAAGAUCACAAAUUACUGAAAGUAAAACCACAAAUUGUCCUUUUGUGUUCAAUUAGCUAUUUUAGCAAUGUUGCUGUCAGUGUUGCUCAGUCUUUUCCAAUGGAAGUAGUUAGCACUCACUCUAAAAGUCGCUGAAAGUUGAUGGCAUAUGCUUAUUUGCAUUAAUGGAAGAAUUUAAACUUCACAGCAUUAGAUUCAAUAGAAAAGAAUGAGAUGGGCCAAAUGGGAAACUCACUAGGCUACAACUGAAUUCCCACGGCGAGCAGUGCCUCCUCUCCUCUUGCCCUGCCUGUCCUACACCUACUGCACGAUGCAAGAGAAGAAGAGAGGGGGAGGAACCUGCACUAACGGUGAAAAAGCCGUGGACUGUGAUGACUCUGAGCAGCGUGCAUGGGAAUGAAUUACAAUAUACUAUAUUUUCUCUUUUCCCCUGAUGGUCUGAAUAAGUCGCUAAACUUGUAGCUUUUUAGAAAUAAAGUUGCAAACAGGGUCUGAAAAGUCAUUAAUCUAGCAAGAAAGUCCCCAAGUUGGCUACAAUGGUUGCCUUUGUUUAAGGGAGCGAUCACACCGAGAUGAAAUGCCAGAAACGCGACGCCAGUAAAACCAUUGUUUGCCAGUAAAACCAUUGUUUUUCUGACCGGCGUUCAAGCGUCUUUUUAGAUGGCCGUUUUUCCAGUGUCUUUUUAGACGCACGUUUUUGUAGACGCACGUAGACGCUG